AUCAAGCAGGAGCAGGACCUCAGCAUGUUGACCCUUUAUUACAAAUGGAGAAACACGAAGAUGUUCAAUACUGUUUUCAAGACAGAAACUCUUCUUGCAGAAAGGCUUUGCUAUCAACAUCUAUCUAUAUAGCACUGUACAUCUUCUUCUCAUUGAUUUCAGCAGUAACAGUAUUUUUGAACGUACUGGUGAUCAUCUCCAUCUCUCACUUCAAGCAGCUCCACACUACAACCAACCUGCUCAUCCUCUCUCUGGCUGUGUCAGAUCUCCUGGUGGGACUGAUUGUGAUACCAGCAACGACUGUAGCAAUAAUGGAAUCAUGCUGGGGUUUUGGGGAAUAUUUCUGUGUGUUUCAAUUCUACAUUGCUUAUUUAUGUACUUCUUUAUCUCUGGGCAGUUUGGUCUUGAUAUCUAUUGAUCGCUAUGUUGCUGUGUGUGAUCCCUUAUUGUACCACUCUAAAAUAACAACAACAAGAAUGAUGUGUUGUAUAUCCAUUACCUGGUGUUGUUGUAUCAUAUAUGAUGCUGCUAUUAUAAAAAACUUUGUAAAUGUACAGGUAUCCAGUAGAUGUUUUCAAGAAUGUUUUAUUGUGAAAGGGUUAAAUUGGGUUAAUAUCAUUGGCCUUGUAAUUACAAUGGUUGUCCCAUGUUCUAUUAUAAUAACACUUUAUAUGAAAAUCUUUGUGGUGGCCAGAUCACAGGCCAGAAAGAACCGGCAGAGGCGUAAGAGCCUGGCGAACCGGCUGAGGCAUGGGAGCCUAAUGAUCUGGUGGAGGCAUGAUGAUCCCGCUGGAAUGAUGAUCCCGCUGGAAUGUGGGCGCCUGAUGAGCCGGCUGAGGCGUAAAACCCUGACGAUCCGGCGGAGGCCUGACGUGGGAUGGGCUCCUGCUGAGCCAACCUGGGCAAGAACACCUCUUGAGUCAGCUAGGGCAUGGAAGCCCAACGAGCUGUCUGAGGCACCCCCGGUUUCAUUGGUGGCGGCUCCCGGACCCGAUGUCACCACCAACCGAAAAGCCAGCACUCCCCGAUGCUUCGCUUGA